GUGAGCUUCACGCCGCUAGAUGACCGAUCUCCUCCCGGUAGAAGCACGGGUGCCCCGCCGUUCUCCGGUAACUAGUCGCUCUCAACUCUCGGGCGGAUGAACCGAGCCCACCGGAGACCAGACGCCCGCUGCCGCCGGUAACCGGCUCCGUUCGCCCGGUGUUCCGGUAGUUUUCUAGGGUCCAGAAACAUUUUUACCCCGCAGCCUCUCCCGGUGCAGCGACACGGUAACCGGACCACACACGCAAACGUAAAGCAGCAGCAACUUGUUGCCGGUUGCCGGUUGCCGGAGCCUCAGGGAGGAUGCACGGAGCCGCGGUGCUGCUGCUGCUGCUCAGCGGCCGCGCCGCGUUCACGGCCGCCAUGUCCCUGAACGCACCGCGGGACCGGACCGCCGUGACAGGUGUAGACAGACGGCAGCGCCCCCUGCUGGAGAAAACACGUCCCUUUGUCCUGGUGGGCGGAAAGAGGAGGAGCCUCGCCGAAGCUCUGCAGGACGGCCACCCGGACCGGCUGCAGUGCGGACUGGAGGUGGGGGGGCGUCUCUUCCUGCUGGACCUGGAGAAGAACCACGACCUGCUUCCCAAACCGCCCAACGUCUUCUACUACCUGCCCAACGGCACCGGGGUGUCUCUGAGCACCGAUCCCGUGACUCACUGUUAUUACCACGGAAACGUCAGAGGAUUCCCUCAGUCCAGAGUGGCUCUGAGCACCUGCUCCGGUCUGCGCGGCCUCAUCGCCUUCAACGCCACUGUGAGCUUUGAGCUGCAGCCCCAGGAGGAGCCCCACCAGCAGGGGGGGGAGGAGGGGGGGGACGGGAGCGGAGGAGGAGGAGCAGGAGCUGGAGCAGGAGGAGGAGCAGGAGGAGCAGGAGGCGUGCACCUGCUGUUCUCCACCAGCCCUCUAGAGGGUGACAGCGCCGGAGGCUGUGGGGUCUCUCACGCUGCUGUGCCCCCGCUCCACAGCUCCACCCACACACACCGGAGGAGGCGGGACAUCCUGUCUGAGACCAAAUACAUCGAGCUGGUGCUGGUGGCCGAUCACCAGGAGUUUCUGAACUACCAGAAGAACAAUAAAACCAUCAUCUACCGCAUGCUGGACGUGGCCAAUCAGGUGGACUGGUUCUACCGGCCUCUGAACGUCCGCGUGGCGCUGACCGGUCUGGAGAUCUGGAGCGACCGGGACAAGAUCCGGGUGGAGAAGAGUCCCACGGAGACCCUGAACCACUUCCUGGAGUGGAGGACCAGGGAGCUGCUGCCCCGCCUCCGCCACGACAACGCCCAGCUCGUCAUGGGCGGCUCCUUCGACGGCACCACGGUGGGAAUGGCGUCGCAGUCGUCCAUGUGCUCCAGAGACCGGUCUGGAGGAGUCAACGUGGACCACCUGGUCAGCGUGCUGGGCGUGGCCUCCACUGUUGCUCAUGAGCUCGGUCAUAACUUGGGGAUGAGUCACGACACCGCCGAGCGCCGCUGCUCCUGUCAGAACGAACGGCGGCUCGGAGGAUGCAUCAUGGAGCCUUCAACCGGCUUCCUGCCCGGGCAGCAGUUCAGCAGCUGCAGCGCUGCAGACCUGUCCGUCAGCCUGCUGCACGGCGGCGGCAUGUGUCUGUUCAACGUGCCGCCGCCGGACCGCCUGCUGGGAGGACCUCGCUGUGGGAACCUGUACGUGGAGACGGGGGAGCAGUGUGACUGUGGGCUGCUGGAGGAGUGUGAGGACCUCUGCUGUAACGCCUCCACCUGUCGGCUUGUUGCUGGAGCGCAGUGUUCAUCAGACGGCAUCUGUUGUCAUGACUGCAAGCUCCGGGCUGCUGGUUCGGUGUGUCGUGAUUCGCUGGGAGAGUGCGACCUCCCAGAGUUCUGCACAGGCUCCUCCCCCUACUGCCCCCCCAACGUCUUCCUGCAGAACGGGGAGCUCUGCGAGGACGACGCCUCCUACUGCUACGAAGGGGUCUGUGCCAGCAUGCACACCCAGUGCCAGAUGCUGUGGGGACCCAAUGCCACCAGAGCUCCAGCUGUUUGUUUCUCAUCCGUCAACAAACAAGGAAACAAAUAUGGAAACUGUGGUCAGCUGACCAACGGCUCCUACAUCCCCUGUGGGAACUCUGACGUCCACUGUGGGCGGAUCCAGUGUCGAGGGGGGAGGGAGCGCCCCCUGCUGGGCACCAACGCAGAGAUCCUCACCACCAAGGUGCGCUUCAACCACAGCGACCUGGUCUGCAGAGGAACCUUCUUCCACCUGGGAGACGACGUGUCAGAUCCCGCCACCGUGGCCCAGGGCACCGCCUGCAGCGCCGGGAAGGCCUGUUUGAACCAGAAGUGUCAGGACGCGUCCGUGUUCGGGGUGGAGGACUGUCACAGGAAGUGCAACGGUCACGGGGUGUGCAACAGUAACCAGAACUGUCACUGUGAGGUGGGCUGGGCUCCACCUGACUGCAGGUACUCGGGUCACGGAGGCAGCGUGGACAGCGGACCGGCCCGAGCUGGUGGAGGCUCCGACCCGGUCAGAGUGGCUCUGCUCGUCAUCUUCCUCUUCAUCCUGCCCGUGGUGCUCCUCUUCCUCACUCUGCGCUUCCCGCGCUUCCGUCAGAAGUUCUUUUGUCUGGGAGCCGCCAGCCGAGUGCACAAGAGCCGGACGCCGGUGACGGAGCGAGUGGACGACCGGAACGGAGAGCAGGUCCGACCUCUGAGGUACCACCUGAACCCGCCCACCGACCUCCCGCUGACUCCGCCCACCAAGGAGGUUCAUGACAGACCUGCUCCUCCCACUAAGCCACUCCCCCCCGACCCCGCCUUAAAACCCCCGCUGCAGCUGCUGGGGAGUCGACCAGCUCCACCCAACAAGCCCCUCCCCCCCGACCCCCUCACACCUGGACAGGCUCCUGUUCCAUCCAAACCGGUGGUGGCCAUGAAGCCCCGCCUCCUGCCCCCGCCCCUCCACCCCGGCUACACCGGCGCCACAAAAGCGCCACAGCACAGAGCCAUCGCCCCGGCAACCGGUCGCACCAGACGACUUCCUGUUGUACCCACAAACCCUCAGAAAGUGGACCUGUGUCUUUAACUGAUGAUGAUGAAGAUGAUGAAGAUGACUUCAGACCCACUUUGCACUCAGUUGUCGGAUUCUUUUUUCAUCCUUCAGGAUCUCAGACUGUAAAUACAUGUUAAAGUGCCUUGCUCAGCAGCACCGGCAGUCGUAGUGCGGACACCCGGGAAUCGAACCUCUGACCGACGGCUGUGAUAUGUUCAGCGGCCCCAUCGAGGGUUCAGUGCCUUGCUCAAGGACCCAGAAAGACCCUCUAAUGCAGGACCCUCUACUGCUGGACCCUCUACUACAAGACCCUCUACUGCAAAAGUCUCUACUCCAGGACCCUCUACAGCAGGACCCUCUACAGCAGGACCCUCUACUGCAGGACCAUCUACUCCAAGACCCUCUACUACAAGACCCUCUACUGCAAAAGUCUCUACUCCAGGACCCUCUACAGCAGGACCCUCUACUGCUGGACCCUCUACUACAAGACCCUCUACUGCAAAAGUCUCUACUCCAGGACCCUCUACCACAAGACCCUUUCCUUGAGGACCAUCUACAGGACCAUCUACUGGACCUUCUACAGGACCCUUUCCUUGAGGACCCUCUACAGUAUCCUUUCCUUGAGGACUCUCUACUGGACCCUCUACAGGACCCUUUCCUUGAGGACCCUCUAUUGGACCCUUUCCUUCCGGACCCUUUCCUUGAAGACCCUCUUCAGGACCCUUUCCUUGAGGACCCUCUUCAGGACCCUUUCCUUGAGGACCCUCUUCAGGAUCCUUUCCUUGAAGACCCUCUUCAGUACCCUUUCCUUGAGGACCCUCUUCAGGAUCCUUUCCUUGAAGACCCUCUUCAGUACCCUUUCCUUGAGGACCCUCUUCAGUACCCUUUCCUUGAGGACCCUCUUCAGGAUCCUUUCCUUGAAGACCCUCUUCAGUACCCUUUCCUUGAGGACCCUCUUCAGGAUCCUUUCCUUGAGCAGUUUAUUAUUUAUAGUCUUCUAGUUCUCAAUAAGUUCUUAAAGGGUUUGAACUAAGGACUCUAGACCUGUGAGGGUCCAGACCUGAAGGACUAAAGGCUGUUCGCGAUGUGACAGUUUGAGAAGUGGGAAUAUUCAUAUUGUUUUGAAAAUAUGACUAUCAUAUAAACGCGAUAUAUUAUAUACUAUAUAGACUAUAUUUUUGUGAAAAAUAUGACUGUUUUGAAAUAUUAUGAUUUUAGUUUUUGAAUAUUAUGGACUGUUUCAGGUUUAUUCUGACCUGAGCCGACGAGAUGUAACGAGUUUAAUCUUCACAGUUCAAAGGUUGAGUUUGUUUUCUGCAUAUCUCACCCUCUGGAAACUCACCCUCUGGACAUCUCACCCUCUGCAUAUCUCACCCUCUGGACAUCUCACCCUCUGCAUAUCUCACCCUCUGCAUAUCUCACCCUCUGGACAUCUCACCCUCUGGAAACUCACCCUCUGCAUAUCUCACCCUCUGCAUAUCUCACCCUCUGCAUAUCUCACCCUCUGGACAUCUCACCCUCUGGACAUCUCACCCUCUGCAUAUCUCACCCUCUGCAUAUCUCACCCUCUGCAUAUCUCACCCUCUGGACAUCUCACCCUCUGGACAUCUCACCCUCUGGAAACUCACCCUCUGGACAUCUCACCCUCUGGAAACUCACCCUCUGGACAUCUCACCCUCUGGACAUCUCACCCUCUGCAUAUCUCACCCUCUGGACAUCUCACCCUCUGGACUUUUAUGAUGUUAGAGGGAAUAUUUAUUUUAUGUACUUUAGUUUCUAAUAAUUACCAAACUGUGUUUUUUAAGUUCAUCACAGAAUAAUUGUUUAAAAAGGGUAAAAACAAUAAAAGCACAACUUGAAGAA